AUGGCCUGCCAACACAGAACCACUUUCCCUCUCCAUAACAACGAAGACGACGGCCACAACCUCAGCAUCCACAUCCUUGGCAUCCUCACACUCCUCGCCACAAGCUCCCUCGGAGUCCUCAUACCCCUCCUCGCCACAAAAGUCCAUUCCUUCCAACUCGUUCCAACACUAGUCCUAACGCUGGGGCGUCAGUUCGGAACUGGUGUUAUCCUCGCCACCGCCCUGAUACACAUGCUGCCCACCGCAAUGUCAAACCUCUCGUCGCCUUGUCUCGGAGACUUUUUCGCAAAGGAUUAUCCCAGCUUGGGAGGGCUCCUGGUCCUGACGUCUUCGUUAGUGAUGCACUGGAUUGAGUUUAUGGCUACGGAAGUUAAUCAGGCUCGGGUCCGUGAUCCUGUCUCCACCACUGCUGCGGUUGGGUCGGGCGUGGCUCCAACGACGACAGCUGGCGGACAUGCAGCAGGUUGGAAGUCUGAUCCGGUGGAUGUCGUGGUUUCGAGAUGCCCUGGCCAUACAGUAACAGUGAUAGACGAGUCAGAAUGCCACCGCGACCACGAGGAUCAGGAUUCUGAGCGAGCUCCUCUUCUGCCUGAGCAUCACUCUCCAGCACCAGUGGCGCAUGUCCGUCAAGACCUUCGUUCGACUGUCGAUUCACAGAACAACAUCCAUGACCACCACCGUCCACCCAUGACCCCACCGUCCUCUGUACUCUAUGGUGCCGUCUCAGACAUGACCCAUGCUCGACCUACUCCACUUCGUCCUUUGUCACAUCAUCAAUCUCAUUCUCAAUCGCAAUCUCGCCACCACGACCACGACCAACACCUGGACCAGAACGACGCCCUCUUUCAUUCACAUCUACAAAACCUGGCAUUGCCAAGCGAUGCCCAGAAGCGGAUCUCGACUUAUAUCCUUGAAGCAGGCGUGGCAACCCAUUCGGUCAUCAUCGGCGUCACCCUUGGUGUCUCUUCAGGGUCCGAGUUUAUCGGUCUCCUUAUCGCCCUCCUCUUUCAUCAGUUCUUUGAAGAUCCAGAACGAACAUCAACACAUUACGCUCUUGCACUCAUCUUUGCACUCACGACCCCCGCCGGCGUCAUAAUCGGAACCAUCAUAUCAAGACACGCAUAUCACUCCGACUCUGCCACGUCUCUCCUGGUAGAAGGAGUACUCGAUGCGAUCUCGACAGGGAUCCUGCUGUACAUGGGGUAUGUGACUCUGCUGGCGGUCGAGUUUAACUUGAACCGUGAGCUGUUGAGACAGACCCCCCGUGUCAAGUCUUGGUGCUUCUUUGCCCUUUGGUCCGGUGCUGGUGUCAUGGCUCUUCUUGGUCGCUUUGCUUAA